AAUGUGAACGAUGUGUUGAACGUCAACUGUACGAGUGCUGCACAUGACUGCCAACUCAAAUGGCUUGUUAAUGAUGAUCAGGCAAACGCGAGUCAACUAAUCCGGUACAGUAGCGAAACGAGUGGCCACUCGGGAGAGUUGGUGUUGGGCCUGACAUUUGUGAUGGAAGUGCAUCACUUCCAGAUGCAAGAACUUAAGCUCAAAUGUGUGGCACAGUUUCACCGGACGAUCGCCGACUUUCAGGAGCACAUUGUCAUC